AUGUCCAAAAAGGUUUCUAUUAUAGGUAAUGGAAACUGGGGUACUGCGAUUGGUAGGCUUCUUGCAAAUAACACGAUAGAGAGCAGCAUAUUCGAAAAGGAUGUUAGAAUGUGGGGAUGCCGUGAGGAGUUUGAGGGAAGAGCUCUAAAUGAUAUCAUAAACAGCGACAAUAUCAAUCCAAAGUACUUGCCAGGGAUUCAUCUUCCCGAAAACCUGAAAGCUGUUGAUGACAUACGCACGCUUGCAGAUUCGGAUGUUCUUGUUUUUGCUCUUCCUCAUCAAUACAUAGAAGCUAUAGAACCGUUGAAAGGGUUGGUAAAGAAUAAUUGCAUCGGCGUGUCGUUAACAAAAGGGUUUAUUGAUGCGGAGGAUGGAGAUAUAGAUCUGGUGAGUAGGUCAAUCCAUAGAAUUUUAGACAUAAAUGUGAGCGUAAUGAUGGGGGCAAACAUUGCAGAUCAGGUUGCUCGAGACAUGAUAAGCGAGGGGACAUUGGGGUAUACAGAUGAGGAUGCAGCAGACAUAGUUUAUAAGCUCUUCAACAGCUAUACGUAUCGAGUUACUAAGAUCAAGGAUGUUUAUGGUGUGGAAAUUUCUGGAGCCUUGAAAAAUGUUGUUUCCAUGGCAUAUGGAUUUGCAGAAGGCCUUGGGUAUUGUACUAACACAAAAGUUGCCAUAUUCAGGAACGGGUUUGCUGAAAUGAGGAAGUUCUUCAAGUUUUUCUAUCCGAUGGCGACAACUGAGUCCUUGUUUCAAUCAUCUGGGGUGGGUGAUCUUCUUGUGUCCUGCAUGUCUGGAAGGAAUUUUGGAUGUGCAAAGAUGAUGGCAGAAAAAAGAAUGAGUUUAAAAGAGGCCGAAGGGACUAUGCGUUUUACGAAACUUCAGGGGCCUACAACAGCUCUUAUUGUGUAUAACUACCUGAAAAGACAGAAAAGGAUUGACGAGUUCCCUCUUAUGAGUACGGUUUACAGAAUAUGCUAUGAGAAUGAGGCAUAUGAUGCCAUUUUGGAAUGCAUUUCCUUCGAAUCUAUUGAAAAAUAA